AUGUGGCCCGAGUAUGUCGGCGUCUUCUUCGGUUUGUGUGACACCCGCGUCGUCUUGGGAAACUCUGGCAAUCGACUCUCGAGUUACGUGUGCGCCGUUCGUCUCGACAUCUUUGACCCGCAGUCGGCAAUGUGGAUGACAGUCCUCGAGAAUCCCGCGCAGGAGCUCACGCCAGGUGGAGCGCUGCUGGGAUCACACGAAGCCAUAACAUUCCACCGUUUCAAGGAGUUGGUGAGCUCCGGCGUUAGCCACGACCGAAAACUCCUAGUGAGAGUUAUGGUGUCUGACAUCGGUUGCUUGCGGCUGCAGCAGUUUGAAGAUACUCCUCCCACGCAGACGAAGUCCACCGAGUUGACAGUUCAGAAAACAAGACGAACUUCUGGUGCCUUGCCCGUAGCCAACUUCGAGAACCGGCGCUUACGCUUGGUGCAGCCAGAUGAUGCCGUAGGAAGCUUUCUUCACCUGGCCCUCCCGAACCUCGUCAUCCACGAAAUUGACCAGUCGAGCCCUUUGUGCCCAGAGGCAAAGAGAGCCACCUUCCCAGGCCCAUUCGUGCCUAACCCUGACCACAAUGCUUCCAGCUCCUCCACCUGCAAGGCAUGGUCCUUGACAAAGUAUCAGAUAGAGGAACAUCUCAGCCAAAAUCGCGUCGAGGUCGUCUCCUUGAUCGAGGGAAUGGAGCCCAUUACAUCUGCAUGCACACAGGGACGUAUGUCCUAUUGCUACGUGCUGGAGGAUGUGCUGUUUGAUUGCGCGUUUGCCCCCUGCGUGAUGCGUGAUCCAGCUGGCACACUUACGGUGGAUUUCAACCGCUUUCAGGAGUUGAUCCCUGCUCCGGCAGCACAGUCAAUGUACGAGAUCCUGCCCGGAAGCUGUGGAGGCUGA